CCACGUCGUAAACAUGCAAUAAUUGACCAAAUCCCCAGCAUCUUGCCCACCAAUUUGAGCCGGAAUCUCGGCCAGCCAGCCACUUCGCAGGCAUACUGCAAUCUCCAUGCAGCCAGCCUGAGUUUCACUCGUUUACUUCGGGAACAAUGGCCGGUCCUUCACCUCACAAGCCCCGCAACAGGGCAAAGAAGCCGGCCGGUGCGUCCCAGCUACGAACCAGCAUCACCGACAACACUCUUUCCCCUAGCGAAACUGUUAUAAAGACGCCUCUGUUCCCGCUUGCUUCACUGCUAUGGCCGGCACGGGGAUCGACCUCGCAAUGGAACGUUCUACCAUUCAUCCUGAUGGCCGUGGGACUGUUUCGCUGGGCUGCUGGCCUCUGGGGAUAUUCAGGACACCAAAAGCCCCCAAUGUUCGGCGACUACGAAGCCCAAAGGCACUGGAUGGAGAUUACGACGAAGCUCCCCAUCUCUCAGUGGUACUUCCACGACCUGGAGUGGUGGGGUUUGGACUACCCUCCACUGACCGCGUACCAUAGCUGGCUCUGUGGUCGGAUCGGCGCGCUCGUCAACCCGGACUGGUUCGCCCUGUACACCUCACGAGGCCUGGAAGACCCGACGCUAAAGAUUUUCAUGCGAGCUACCGCCAUGGUGUCAGAAUACCUCAUCUACAUCCCUGCCACCGUGAUCUUCGUGAGGAGAUUCAGCAGGGCCUGUGGCGCAUCGACCUGGUCUGCAUCACUGGCGUUGGUUGCCAUUCUGAUGCAGCCUGCGACCAUACUCAUUGACCAUGUGCACUUCCAGUAUAACACGGUCAUGCUCGGAUUCGUCAUCGCCACCCUGUCCAACAUACUUGCCGGGCGGUACAUGUGGUCCGCUGUCUUCUUCGUCGCUGCGCUGGGGUUCAAGCAGAUGGCGCUCUACUACGCCUUUGCUAUAUUUUCGUUCCUGCUGGGCAUCUGCAUCUCGCCCAGGCUCAACCCGUCCCGAUUUAUUGGCAUAGCGCUAGUCACGAUCGCUGCAUUCGCCAUUCUUGUCCUGCCUAUUGUUUUAGGCACACUCUACGAUGUGCGCCGAGGAAUCGGCCCUCACCCAGGCAUCGACGGCCCGCCUCCUUCUCUUCCGCUCUUCCCCCAGCUGGCCCACUACCUCGAUCCCGAGGCCAGCUACUAUCCAGUCAUUGAGCAGUUGCUGCAGAUGGUGCAUAGGAUUUUCCCCUUUGCCCGGGGGCUAUUCGAGGACAAGGUCGCAAACUUUUGGUGCGCCCUUAACGUCGUCAUCAAACUGCGCAAAUAUCCUUCCGAUCUUCUCCAGAAGGCAGCUCUCGUCUUCACUCUCGCGUCCAUCAUCCCGCCGAAUCUGAUUCUGCUCCUCCGACCUCGGAAGCAGCUCCUGCCGGCCGCGCUAGCGGCCACCGCAUGGGGGUUCUUCCUCUUCAGCUACCAGGUCCACGAGAAGAGCGUUCUGCUUCCCCUGAUGCCCAUGACGCUCAUGCUCACGGGCAAGCGAGGCCUGUCGAGGGACAGCGACUUCCGCGCCUGGGUCGGCUUCGCGAACCUGUUAGGUGCGUGGACCAUGUUCCCGUUGCUGCAGCGCGUCGACCUUGGCGUGCCGUACGCGGUCAUUACGCUGCUUUGGGCCUAUCUCCUUGGCCUUCCACCGACGUCGUUGAGCGCCUACUUCCCGGACGGCCAGUCUCCCUGGCUGAAAUGGGGAACAGCCGUACUCCAUGGCGUUUUUUAUGCGGCCAUGGCCGCGUGGCAUGUCGUGGAGGCUUUCAUCAUGCCGCCGGCCGACAAGCCGGACCUCUGGGUCGUGGUCAACGUGGGUAUCGGCUGUGCUGGGUUUGUUCUGUGCUACCUCUGGUGCCUGUGGCAGCUCGUUGUGCAGAGUGACCUGUUGCCGGUGGCAGGGCAAGGGAAGGGGAAAGUGGCUGACUUGAGGAAGACCAAAUAAGACGGGAGAAAGGGGUGGAAUGAUUGGACAUCUAGCUCAGAUGGGGGGGUUCUGCGCUGUUGAGUUCUCUGUACCAAAGCCACGUUAUGAUACCAUUUGCUGCAUAAAUGCUGAGGCAUACGUUUGAUGGAGGUCUUUCAUAAUUAUAUGCUUCCCAAGGCUGUUCUUGCGAUUCUGGAUGACCAUGAACUCGUACCGGUGCAGACAGUCGUCGUCGAACCGAUUUCCUGUACCUAGGUACUUAGUUGGGAAAAUGCUCACGUGAUCUUAAAAUGACGAUGCCCCCCUGAACUGAACUGAACUGACAUUCCAAGUCGUGAACAGGACAUGUCCAAGCGGUGACAUUGGCUUGUC